GCUGUACAUGGAAUGAAAACAUUAAGUUUUGUGACUGUAACCAGUCGAGGAUUUACAGUUGAAAUGCACACAAAGGGCAAGACCGAAGGAACAAUUGAGGAAGCGUUGUAAGCAAAUACAGGAGUCAAGAUAGCGAAGCCUAGCUGCAUGAUUGGAAUGAAAUGUGCCUGGAUUUAAAUGCACUAUUUUUCUGAUCUGAGAAUUGGAGCCCUACAAUGCAGCCAUCUUCACAGCAUAUUCUUUUGCAUCUUGGCCACUGCUACGGUGCUCGGCGUUCAGUCAUCGUAUCCUCUAAGCAGCGAUUGUGCUGCAGUUAAAGGAAAAGGUUGUUCAGAUUUCUCUGAGAAGAAGAGUGAUUUACGAGUGUGUGACACUUCAACAUGUCGCUUUGGAGGAAUCUGCAAGGACAGCGGUUCAGACCUUAAAUGUGUAUGCCAGUUUCAGUGCCAUGAUAAGUAUAUUCCAGUAUGUGGAUCUAAUGGGGACACUUACCAGAAUGAGUGCUUCCUAAGACAGGCAGCCUGUACGCAGCAGCGCCCUAUCUCUUUAACCAGUGUGGGACCCUGCUAUCUUGAUAGCUCGGGGUCUGGGAAUGGGGAUGAUGACGGAUCUGGUACAGAUUUAAGCAUAAAACCCCCCAAAUGUAGCAACUGCAAAUACGGAGCUGAAUGUGAUGAGGAUUCAGAAGAUGAGGAUUCGUGUUCGUGUAAAAUUGAUUGUAGUGGGCACAAUGAAAACCCAGUGUGUGGUACAGAUGGAAACUCUUACAAUAACCCCUGUCUUGUGCGGGAAGCGUCAUGUUUAAAACAGGAGCAGAUUGAUGUUAAACACCUGGGGAGAUGUCAAGAUAAAGAAAAAGGGAAAAAAGUUGAUGAUACAUUAUCCUACAAACCUGAUCUUUUUGAUUCAGCUGACCCAGGAGAAGGAAAAGGAUAUGGCUGGAUGGCAGUUCCAUGCCCAGAUGACUACCUCAACUUUUGUGCUCAUGGUCAAUGUGAAUUGAAAUAUGGCAUUGCUUCCUGUCGGUGUGAUUCUGGAUUUACUGGGCCGCGGUGUGAAGAGGUUGCUGAUUUCAAUAUUCUGUAUGUGGUACCCAGUGGUCAAAAACUACACUAUGUUCUGAUAGCUGCUAUUAUUGGAGCUGUCCAGAUAGCCAUUAUUGUGGCUGUUGUCAUGUGCAUCACCAGGAAAUGCCCCAAGAAUAAAAGAGGACGACGACAAAAGCAAAAUUUGGGACAUUUUUCCUCAGACACCUCAUCCAGGAUGAUGUAGCUUGUUUUUAUUUGUUAUUUUAUACCUUUUGUAUAUGUACAUUGCAUUUAAAUGUACUAUUUGUUGUUUUUUUAUUAUUUAUUAACAAUACAUUUAGCUCUUUACAUUUUUUGGAUGGUACCUGUUUCUAUUUAUGGACACUGACAGCUUUUUUGACCUUUAUUUGUUACCCAUUUUUUGUUAAAUGUAUUUCACACUGUCUGUCUUACAGAAACAUGUUUCCUUUUCAUGAAAUGUGCUAUGAGGAAGCAAAAAGUCUAUCACUUUCCUUUCUUCUUAUUAGUUGUCUUUUGCUUAGAGAAUGAAAAGCAGCUGAAAACCAAACCGUAUUGGUUAUUACUUAAAUGCUGUCAUAUGUAAGACAAAAUGACAGCAUUCAGGUUAUUUUACAAGGGUAAUUUCAAAAAAAUGGAAUGCAGUUUAGAUGACUAGCUAAUAUUGUCAGUGUUUAAAUGUUUGUAGAUUUUAAGUUCUAAUGUUAUUACUAUUGUUACUGUUAAAUGAUCAUUGUCAAUAAUUUAAGCCACCGCAUAAUGCAUGAAAUUGUCCAGUGAUGUAGAUUUAUUAAAAUUAAAUGCCCCUAUGA